ACACCAUCACCGCCACGGCCGCCCCAAACACCCCGCCCACCCGAGAGAGAGAGAGAGAGAGAGAGAAUGGUGAACCGCAUUUCUCAUGCCUACUGUUCUAAGCAGAAGAAGCCUUGUGUUGGAUGGGUCGAGAUAUAUUUCAAAGACUGUCUCUGCAAUCUAAGCGAUGAAAUCUCGUUCGCUUUCGGUUUCUUUAGUCUCAUAUGCUGGGGAGUUGCUGAAAUCCCUCAGAUCAUCACCAACUUCAACACCAAAUCUGGCCAGGGUGUUUCUCUUGCAUUUCUCCUUACUUGGGUUGUUGGUGAUGUUUUCAACUUAGUAGGUUGCCUUCUAGAACCAGCUACAUUGCCGACCCAGUUCUACACGGCCGUGCUCUACACAGUAACCACAGUAGUAUUGGUAUUGCAGUGUUUAUACUACGACCGUAUCUGUUUAUGGUGGAAGUCCAAAGGCAAACAAUCAUAUGUAAUGGUUGAUGAAGAGACAAAGCCUCUGAACUCCAAGCUACUUGAUACAAGCGUUCCGAUACCUAGUAGUGGACCACAGGAAGCAUCUCCUUCGAGAGAUUUAUACUAUACGUCUGCAAGGUCACUGGCUAGUAGUAGUACUCCUACCUUGGGUUCUUAUCUUGGGAUUUCGAGAAGUGGUCCUUCGGCUGUGGAGGAACAGAGCGACUCCUCCGAAGAUGAAGCGUUUCCCGUUUACGACAAGAAGUCUUCAAGCCAGCCCAAGAGGACUCCACCUUCGGUGGGAUAUGGAGCGUUCCUUGGUGCAUCUGCUAACUUGCCCUUUCGUAGUAUGGCUUUGAUGGAAGGAUACUUGGCCUCAACAGGAAGACGACUGCAUGAAACUGAGGUUGCGAACAACGUCUAUGGACUUCUGUUGGGAUGGUUGAUGGCUGCUAUUUACAUGGGAGGCCGACUCCCUCAAAUUUUCUUAAAUAUUAGAAGAGGGAGUGUGGAGGGGUUGAACCCUCUCAUGUUCAUAUUUGCGCUCAUCGCCAAUGUCACUUACGUGGGAAGUAUUCUUGUUAGAAGUACAGAAUGGACCAGAAUAAAAGCUAACAUGCCAUGGCUAUUUGAUGCUAUCGUUUGUGUGGCACUCGACUUAUUUAUCAUUGUCCAGUACAUGUACUACAAAUCUGGCCAAAAGAGGAGAGCUAGUUCUCAACAAGGCUACAUGGAAGCAGUGAAACCCAUUGUAUCUUGAUUUGUUGUAUUUCACAAGUUAGCAAUUUAUAACUAAACACAAUGUUUUCGUACGAGUCAAUUGUUAUUCCUUUUAAUUAACAAUAUUUUCCUAUGAAGGCAGAUUGCAUAUUUCUAACUGUUGAUGUUUUAGAAAUUACCAAGA